AUGCAAGAUACCACCACAAGACCUCAUGGUUUUUUCUUGCAGAACGCGGAUAAAAAAGUAGACGAAACCAUGAAACAAUUUGCCAUCAGAAAUUGUCCGAAAACCUGCGGCUAUUGCUGUCUUACACCAGCCUUUAAUUGCGAUAAUAAGAAACAUCCUCGCAUCACAUGCGCUCUCGUAACGAAGGAAAUGUGCACAGAUCCGCUUUGGAAACCUAUCAUCGCCGAAGAUUGCCCCAAAGCCUGCGGGAACUGUGCUGACAAAGCGACAUCUUGUUCGGUAGCCCUCUGUAAACACAUAGAUUUGCAAGACUUUGUGAAGGAAAACUGCCGAAAAACUUGCGAUCUUUGUGAGGAGAAACAAAGCAGUACAUCAACAAUUGCAACAGCUAUAACAACGGCGUUACCUGCAGGCUGUGGGGACGAUGCGAGAUGUCGAAAGUGGAAAGCCAAUGGAUUCUGCACUAACUCGCAGUACACAAAAGAAAUGAUUAUGAGAACUUGUGGCAGAUCAUGCGGAUUGUGCUAG